UUAUCUUGUGGAAGCUCUAAUAGCUUUGUGUAACCAUCGUUGUUAAUAUGACUAAAAGUCAGAUAAAAAAUGACGACCACCAGCCAGGCGAAGAGGCCGGGGACGAGGGGUCGUGUCUGAAGCGGGUGAAGCGCUCUAUCCCGGCCGAGUACAGGGAUGAAGUCUUGGAGCUGUGCAAAGUGGCCGGACCGGUGAUUAUCGCCCAGUCUAUGAUCUUUCUGACAGGCUUUGUCAGUACAGCUUUCACUGGUCACCUUGGGAAAACUGAACUUGCAAGUGUGGCUUUGGCAAUUUCGGUCAUUAAUGUCACUGGGAUUUCAGUUGGAACAGGUUUGUCUUUUACCUGUGACACUCUUAUAUCUCAGACUUAUGGGAGUGGUAACCUGAAGCAGGUAGGGGUCCUUCUACAGAGGGGGGUGCUGAUCUUGUUACUUGCCUGUUUUCCAUGUGCAGCCAUCCUCCUCAACACAGAAGUUCUUUUGCUCCUUGUCAAACAGAGUCCAAAUGUGGCCAAGUUAGCCCAGAUUUAUGUUAACGUCUUCUUGCCAUCCUUACCGGCUUCUUUUAUGUAUCAACUUCAAGUGAGAUAUCUACAAAACCAGGGUAUUAUUUGGCCUCAAGUUUUCGUAGGAGCAGCUGGUAACGCUGUAAAUGCACUCAUGAACUAUAUCUUACUCUUCCCUCUGAAAUUUGGUGUUGCGGGGUCAGCAGCAGCCAAUGCCAUGUGUCAAUAUUUCAUGGCAGUUUUCUUGUUUAUUUACAUUUAUGCAAAAGGUCUCCACAAAAAAACAUGGUCAGGCUGGUCUCUUGAAUGUCUGCAGGAGUGGGGGUCCUUCAUACAGAUGGCCAUCCCCAGUAUGCUGAUGCUCUGCCUGGAGUGGUGGAUGUUUGAACUCGGGGGGUUUCUGGCUGGUGUCAUCAGUGAGCUGGAGCUGGCGACACAAAGUGUGGUCUACGAGCUAGGUGUUCUAUGUUAUAUGAUGCCACUUGGAUUUUCUGCUGCUGCCAGUCUCCGUGUUGGUAAUGCACUUGGUGCAGGAAAAACAGAGCAGGCAAAACUGUCUGCAAAAGUUCCUAUAGUAUGUGGAUUCUUAAUUUCCUGUGUUGUUGGAGCUUUCAUGCUUGCUAUCAGGAAUUACAUUGGAUAUGUCUUCACUACAGAACAAGACGUAUUAGACAGACUGUCUGAAGUGAUCAUUGUUUUUAUUGUUGCAAGCAUAGGUGAUGGAACUACGGGUGUGACCGGAGGUGUCAUAAGAGGAGUUGGAAAACAGAAAGUUGGCGCUCUUUGUAACUUCCUCGGCUAUUACUUUGUAGGUUUCCCCAUUGGAGUAUCUUUGAUGUUUGCUGCAACGUUGGGCAUCAUAGGAUUUUGGACUGGCCUUUGUGUAUGUGUAUUUUUACAAAGCACUAUCUUCAUAACCUUCUUGUGCAAACUAAAUUGGCAACAGGCAACUGUGGAAGCUCAGAUUAGAGCUGGUAUCCCAAUAAAAGAUGAAGCAGAGAUGAACAAAAUAGCCUCUAAAGAAACCGAGAUCACUGCUGCUGAAUCAGUCUAUGCGGUUCCAGAUGACCACCAGCAGGUUCAAGAACAGUCCACCUCCCCCAGCAUCAUUGUGGGACAUAGGCUGUCCACUAAACAGCUCAUUGUACGCCGUGGGCUCACUUUAUUCAUCAUGCUGCUCAUUUUAUGUGGGGGUAUACUUGCUCAAAUCUUCUUAAUUAGACUUGUGAAAUGACUCACUCUAUUACAUAGUUGCGCAAAUCAUCUUAGUUAAACUGCUGAAAUUACUCACUCUAUUACACAUUGAAUCAUAUGAGGCUGAAGGUGUGUCAGAUUCUUAGAAGGGUAUCAUGGGCCACUGGCUGGUCUGAAAUCAUCUCUUAUUUAACAGGUCAGUGCUAUAUGUCACAACACUAAAGAGGCACACAAAAAACAAGAAAUUUGAAAAAAAAUAUCCCAUAUGUUGACUGCAGCAAUGGGACCAAGUCCUUGUUUAGCAAAUCCCAUGUGAGUCUCAGGUUGUUUCCAUUCAUUAUACAACUUGAAACAAUCGAGCUCUGAGUCAUGUCUCAAGUCACUGUCCUUCAAGUCCAAGUUAAAUCACCAAAUCUUUUUAUCAAGUCAAGUCUCUGGUCAUCAAAAUAGUGACUCAAAUCUGUCUCCAGUCCAAGUCACCACUUGCAAAGUUACAACACAGCCACUUUCUUAGUAUUUUGAUAAGAUUAGAGGAAUUUUAGAAGUUUACAGAGAGCACUUUUACAAUAAUAGGAAGAAGCUAUUCAUGUCAUUUGCUUCAUUUAGUUUAUGACACCAUAGACCGCUACAUAUUUUGUUCAUUGUGCAUUGGAUAUGGAAUGUUAUUUGCACUUUAAAUAGUUCUUAAAUGUCUCCACUUUGUUAGGGUUAUUUUUGACCAGAGGGUCAAAAAUUAAAACUGUAACUCCUGUAAAUUAGACUAGAACGCACUGAUUAUGAAUGUAUGUGUAUGCCGUAUAUGUAUUUGUGUGUUGGGCAACAAAAUACAAUACAGCAAAAUAUACAUGAAAAUGUAAAGAAAAAAAAUUAUAAUAAUGAUCAUGUGCAAAACUUAUUUGCUAG